UUGCACGCGGCGGUGGAGAUGGCAGCCUCGCUGGAAACGCGCGGGGGAGCCUGAGCCGGCGGCCAGAGACGCACAGCGCGGCGCGCUCCAUCGCCACGCCGCCGCGCAGCCCCUCCAUCUUCCUGCUCAGCUUGGGCCCCGCUGGCUCCGGCCCUGGGGGUCCCGCUACUCCAGCGACUCACGCCCGCCCCCCCCCCCGGCCUUCCGCUGCUCGGCUGCCCAGGUUCCCCCUCCCCCGCCACACACGCUCACACGCGCCCGAGAGCACACACACACACAUACACGCGCACGCACGCACACACACACACAUACACACACACUCACUGACACGCCAGCGAGCUGCUGGCCGCUCAAUGGACCGAUUUCCCUGGUUUCCCUGAUCCCAGCCCUGCACGGGAUGAGAAAUUGCAAAAUGGCCCGGGUCGCCAGUGUGCUGGGGCUGGUCAUGCUCAGCGUCGCCCUCCUGAUUUUAUCGCUCAUCAGCUACGUGUCCCUGAAAAAGGAGAACAUCUUCACCACUCCCAAGUACGCCAGCCCGGGGGCGCCCCGAAUGUACAUGUUCCACGCGGGAUUCCGGUCACAGUUUGCGCUGAAGUUUCUAGACCCGUCCUUUGUGCCCAUUACGAAUUCUCUCACCCAGGAGCUCCAAGAGAAACCUUCUAAGUGGACCUUUAAUCGGACAGCGUUUUUACAUCAAAGGCAAGAAAUUCUGCAGCAUGUCGAUGUAAUAAAAAAUUUUUCUUUGACCAAGAAUAGUGUUCGGAUCGGACAACUGAUGCACUAUGACUAUUCCAGCCAUAAAUAUGUUUUCUCUAUUAGCAAUAACUUCCGGUCACUGCUUCCAGAAGUGUCACCCAUUCUGAAUAAGCAUUAUAAUAUUUGUGCUGUGGUUGGAAAUAGUGGGAUCCUGACAGGGAGCCAGUGUGGACAAGAAAUAGAUAAAUCAGAUUUUGUUUUUCGUUGCAAUUUCGCCCCUACGGAGGCUUUCCAGAGAGAUGUUGGAAGGAAAACCAACCUUACCACCUUCAACCCCAGCAUCCUGGAAAAAUAUUACAACAAUCUUUUGACCAUACAGGACCGUAACAACUUUUUCCUCAGUUUAAAAAAGCUUGAUGGGGCCAUUCUUUGGAUCCCUGCGUUUUUCUUCCACACUUCAGCAACUGUUACCAGAACGUUAGUUGACUUUUUUGUUGAACACAGAGGUCAGUUAAAGGUCCAAUUGGCUUGGCCUGGAAAUAUAAUGCAGCAUGUCAACAGGUACUGGAAAAACAAACACUUGUCGCCCAAACGAUUGAGCACAGGUAUUCUUAUGUACACCCUUGCCUCAGCAAUAUGUGAAGAGAUCCACUUGUAUGGAUUUUGGCCUUUUGGAUUUGACCCCAACACAAGGGAAGAUCUUCCGUACCAUUACUAUGACAAAAAAGGAACGAAAUUUACCACCAAGUGGCAGGAGUCCCACCAGCUGCCUGCUGAGUUUCAGCUGCUAUAUCGAAUGCAUGGGGAAGGGCUCACCAAGCUGACUCUGUCACACUGUGCCUAAGAACUCGGAAUGGAAAGUGCCAAAUGGCUGUUUAAAAAGUGCCCCAAAUCAAAUUGAAUAGUCUUCAGAGUAGAACCCCAGAGACUUACAAGGCUCGUCUGCCACUUAAAAGGAAAGGUGUCUGCUCCCCCUUUUGCAUUACUCUUUGAAUGGUCUUAGCAGACUUGGCAGGACAGAUGCAUUGAAGCCACAUAAUUUAAGCUCAGUUGAUAAAGGGAAUGUUGCAUUUGGAAGUAUGCUGCUAACAGAAUGGUGUGAAGUAUUUUCAUGUUUGUAUUUUAAUAAUAAACUGCCUCCCGUGUUGAUGAGGACUAGAGCUGUAGUUUCUGCAGCUCUGCUCAGAUACAGUCCUUGUAAUCAGAGGCCUCAGGCCAAUUGGGGCAGAAUCUGUUUUGCUGGUGGGAUCAGACUCUUCAAAAUGGAAACAAAAAAUUGGUUUGCAUAUCUCCCUCUCUGCUCCCUUCCCCUCCCCCUCCUUCUCCCCCUCUCUCCCUGUUGCUCCCCCACCCCCUGUCACGUCUCUCCCUCUCCCUGAAACCAUUCCCCUGCCCCACAACCACGGAGUUUAAUAAUUUGCUAGGAAUCCUAUUGAAUUAGCUUUGCUUGUGUGUGUUGCAUCUGUACUUGAUGUGUUCAAGGUUCUGGGUAACUUUGAUGUUUCAUGACAAACCGAGAAAAAUCAUGAUGAAUCCCCUCAUGACUAUUUUUAUAAGAAAUGCAUCUUAUGAAGUCCUCACUCAUCCAUAUGGUCAUUCUGCAGCAGGGUGGUCUCUCUGGGGUGAGUGGCAUAUAAUGCAGGUCAUCUUUCACUAUCACAGAGAAAGCCUAUGGUGUGGGUGGCAUUGCAUCUCUUGGCAUGGAUGUGAUUAUGGCAGAUAAUAACAAUGUUGCCACAUCUGCAAGGGCAUUGCAGCCUAGGCCUGGUGUUUCCCAUAGUCCCAAACCAUCCUCUCAGCAUACAGAGGCAAUUGAGUCAGUUGAAGAGACUGGGACACUGAAGGAAGAAAAAGACUGUUUAGAAGUUGCUACGUUGUCCGUUGUCCUGUCUACACCAUGAUGGGGUAACCAUGUUGCACAUCUGGAGCCUUUGAGAACCAGCAGGGCUAGAGAGGAAGGCUGGAGGUCAGCCAGGCCAUCCUCUGUGGAUAAUGGUAAGGUGAGAGCAUUUCAGGGCCCUGCUGUUUGUUUGCUUUGAGACACUUGUAGACACUGAAUAUUCCCUAGUUGCCCUGAAAUCAGUUCUACAUGCCUAUAAGUUAAGUAUUUCAAAAGAGAAAGCCAUUGUGCAGUGGUGAGUCUUAGUACUAAAUAGUCCUUGGAAUUUGAGAUUAUAUAGGCUUGCCAUGGAGGAAUUAGUUGGCCAUUCUCCUUUCAUUAUUUCAGCCUUAGGAGUAGAAAUCGUAUCACCCCCACCCCUGGCUUCUUACUGAGCAGCACUUUGUUCUUCCAGUUCAGCCCAAAGUCUGGCCAAGUUGAUGUUAAAUUUUAAUAAGUUUCUUUCCAAAUGCCAGUCAAGCACAUUUGUUAUAUGUUUGAGUGGGAGAGUUUAUUCUUUUCCAGAAAUCUCAUCUAGAUUGCUUGCAAUGUCACAAAUCCCAUGAAAAACCAUUGCUGUAUUCAGUUGUCAGUUCACUGCCCCUCUUUGGGAAAGUAAGAUCAUGCCUAAAAUUAAGCCAAAUACAAUAAGGAAAGACAUAAUCCUUAUGUUCAUGUUCUGCAUGGUCCUAAAGCUUCAGGGAGCUAUUCAGAGCAGCUGGAUAGAUCCAGAGGUUAAAGAAAAAGUGAAAGAAAAACAUUCCGGUUCAAACACGGUACCUACUGUGACAUGACUUAUCAUGUAUGGUCGUCAUCUACAUAAAUGGGAAGAAGUAGGAAUAGAAGUUUUGAAACAGGAAACUAAAACAAUUCCAUAUAUGAAGAAACUAUGAGGGAAGAUAUUUAAAACAUUCUGAAGUUCAGUGGUAUGUUCCCUGUCACUUUAAAGAAGACAAUCCUGCUGUUCUCAGGCUGCGCUGGGUUAGAAUCACAGAGAGAUUGAUAACUGACAGAAAUGCGUAGUUGGCUGUUCCUGAGCACUUAGUUCAGUUGGUUACAGCUGAGUGAUUUAAUGCCCAUAUUCCUCGAGCCAGAUUCUGACUCUGGAGUUUCAAUCCCAAUGUACCUAUUAGUUUUUACUAAAUAUAAAUACAUAGACAUUUUGAACCAUGCAGAUUGAAGGAACAACAACAACAAAAAAAAACAGAAUCCUUAAAAACAGUUCAUUGUUCCAAGGCAGACUAAAUUUAAAUUUAAUUUCAUCUCAAUGUAAAGCUUUGUUUGUUUUUUAAGUUCUGAGAGGUUUGUUGUAGUUGUUGUUGUUUAAUCUCACUGAAUGCUUUUUCCAUCUUAGGAGUGACAGGACCUUCUCCUUCCCCUACCAUCAUUUCAGCUGUAUUUAACAGGAACUCAAAAUAGAGGGGAAAUGGACUUAUCUCCAGAACCAGAAGGACUUAGAGGUCAUCCCUAAUUCUAGACAGGAUUUCUUGAAGGUGAUCCCUAAAGACCACAUUUCCCUUUAUUAAGAAAAAUCUUGUGAAGAAAAUUUUAAGCCCUCCUGUUUGGUUAUCCACAAUACUCAGACUUCAUAAUUUUUUUCAUUUGUAGUUCACAUUCCCCUCCUAUUCAAAAAAAUUAGAUGCAAUAUGUGGGUAAAGCAUUUAUCCCAAUUUUCAGUGCAUAGUAAGUGCUCAAUAUAUAGCAGCCUUUCCUAUUGUUGUAUUGUUGGUUAUGCCCUUGACCUGCAGUUUCAACACUGAGAAAAGCAGCCUCUAGUGAAUAGUACAAGAUCUCUUUGUUUUUUAAAGAUUGUUUCAAAGAUUAAACCUAUAUAGCCACCAUCUAAACCAAAAGACAUGGUGGCUCCUAUGUGUCCUGAUUAGAAAGGCAGCUGUCAGUAACCAGAGUUUGCUGGCUCUCCCAUAGCUCCCAGGCUUGCGGAGUCAAGUGCACUGAGCUGGGAAGAUUUAUCACAGGGUAAUUUACCUCUUACUUGACUCACUAUAGGUCCACACCCCUUGGCUUUUGCAUUGACCUCAUUUUGUUGGUUCUAGGGUAAGGACAUUCUUUUGUCAGCAACGUUCCCCUUUUUAGAAUACUUAGAGCAGAGCCCACGUUCACCUAUGGGAAUAAAUAUCACCAUAAGGCUCCCAAUUCUGUCCAUGACACCAACACAAAUAACCAGUUAAGUUGCAGAAGAGAAAAGAAAAACAACUAACAUUUGGCAGCUUGCUUGAUGCUAGACCCCCAGUGUACAGACAUGUAGAUCCCAGGAGACAGGGUUAAAGGUAGUGUCAAGAAUUUCUCCCACAUCCAGAGUUUCUUUCCCAUAUUUGAUGAUUAACUUCUAUAGUUCCUCCAUUAUUGUGUCCUUGUCUUAAGUAUCCUUGAUCAUGGGGAAAGUUCUGUGUGCCUAGCAGUGCUUACUGUGACCACUGUGCCAUCUGUCUGACCCUAAUGUCAGGCAGCUGACUAUGGAGCUACAGCAAGGACAUUCAAAGGGCCAGUCUCCUUGUGCACAGGUCACCAGUUAGACAUGAAUGUGAGUCCCCCGACAAACUAGUUUGGUGGGGAAGUCAAGGAAUGGAAGAACAUUUCUUUAAUUUUAGACACUCUCAGACAGCAGUGCACUGUUGCCCUGAGGUCAGCAGAUCAGGGAUCAGACUGCAGAGUACUAGGACACUGGAAAGAUAAGCACCUAUAAGCUUCCCCAGUCCUAAUUCUCAACUUUUCAGAUGAGAAAAUGGAGAUACAGAAAGGCUAAGGGACAGCCCAAGAUUGUAUAAUUUGGAGAAAUUUUUCUCAUCUUGGACUUACCAGGAUCAAAUGAAGAUAGACUCAAAGGGACUAUGAUUUUGGUCUGGAAUCUUUAGGGCACAAAAAGUAAGUUGGAAGGGUUGCAAAGGAAAAAAAAAAUUAUUUCUCCAUGUAGAGCAAUAAAGGAUACAUUUGUUCACUGGUAACCACCCACCUUCUCCCCUGAAAUGAAAGAAGAACCCCUUGGUGAUCAUUGUUUGGUAAAUCACAAUUCAGUUUUUUAUAGUUCACAGUUGACAAUAGAAAUCCUAUUCAAUACUCUGUUCGUCUUAAUAAAACCUCGUUUUAGUAACAGGUAUGCAUAGUUUAGAAGCCGAAGGCUGAGAAUGGCUGCCCAUUUUUCCUUCUGCCUACUUUGCAGCAGGGGUCUCUUGAGCUCAGAAAUGCUUUCCUUAUUAUAAGUAAUUUCAACAUCAGACUUUGAAUUAUUAUAUUUAGUUCAAUAUGCUAAGAAGUUGUACCAACAAUAACAAUUUUGGUGAAUCUUCAGAAUGAUAAAAUGAGCAAUUUUCUGGGUAAUUCUGGUUUCUUAGGUCCUUUUUUCUUGUAAUUAUUUGCAUGUACCAGGCAAAAGUUUCUAUUUAGCUGCUGCUUCUUCCACAACAUGUACAACUGACCUUUUGUUUUCAAAGGGAGUUGGGACUGUGUCCAUGUGGCUGAAAAGCCCAGAGGGAACACCACAGGUACUAGAGAUCUAGGGCACUUUGGCUUGCUGAGUGACCUGUCUAGACUCUGUGGCCAAAUUAAUCAAGGCCACAGAUGAAUUGAUAUCAAGGACCAAAGUGACUAUGCCUCUCACACUUAGGCUGCUUUGCCAUGCAGAUGUAACAGUUGAAAUGGGAAUGUCAUUAUUGUUUUAGAAUGUCAUUAUUGUAUCAUGUCAGUAUUUCUGAAAAUUUAUUUUUACUGUGAUGACUAUUGAAGAUAUAUGUGUUUUAAUAGACAUUUUAUCCUCAACAAAGCUCAUUUUCUUGGUGUUGAUUACAGUAGAAUCAUAGUCAAAGACCUGUUGCAGAAUAAGUGACUCUAAGUUUACUGUAGAGUUCUGAAGUAAGAACCUGGUUUAUACCACUGACCCAUCAGCAAGCAAAACUAUAUGAAAUAAGGAACUCUUGAAAAUACAACUCUUAAUUUCUCACCCCAAACCUUUGGCUCAUAUCUUGGAAUAAGCUCAGCUUACAAAAGUUCCCAGAUGAUUCUGAUGUGGUCUGUUUUGGAAACCAGUAAUAUAAAGCACAGUCAAAUAUAGCAUGCUAACCACGGUAGCUGAAUCCUCAUCAGUCCUCAUACAGUUAGUAUCAAAUGUUCCUUAGAGUUUCCACAAUACAUGGCCAUGUAGACAAAAGACCCAACCAGUCAACUCUUCCAGCUAAAUUGACCAUUCACUGAUCCAUAAGCGAAUGGUAAUUGCUCAUUCUAGUCAGAAUGGAUGGAAACCUGAGGACCAAGUGGGGAGCAUUGCUUUAAUAUACUUUACCCCAAGGCUGGCUCUUUAUAUUCCACUCCAUAUUUCAAACUAAGGGGCAGAUCUCAGGUGAUUCAUCUUUACAAAUGAACCGACUGAGAAACAGGGAAUUUACAUAAUUCAAUCAGAUUCAAUUUGAGAGUCGAUUCACAGGGCCUAAAAUGUUUCUUGAAGGGUCUGAUUUCUCAAACUCCAAGUACUGCCCAAAAUGCAAAGGUCUUCUAGCGAUGAAACCAAUCCAAAAAGAAAUUCAAGGGGCUAAAAUUCUAAGACCAAACCAGUGUAAGAAAGAGGGUCAUUUGUUCCAGCUGCCUUGUUCCAGCCUUUGUUGGAGAAGGUGCCACAGUUCUAAUGAAGUUUUAGCCAGGCUUCUUUCUAUCGAUGUGCACAUGCAAAGCCUCUGUCAUCGGAGGUACUAAAGGGCUCCUCUGAUUUCCCUUUUGUGUGAUUCAGAAACAGUUUUAGCCCUUUGAUGUGCUGCCACAUGUUAAACAACUGGCUCUGGAGAACACGCAUUUACCAAUUACUGCGGUGUAAAUAUUUUCAGCAUAGCCGAUUUUAGGCUACUAACUUAAUGUCAGCCAGCUCAAACUGCAAAAACGUUUUCAAGAGCCAGUAAGAGCUGGCUUCAGCAUAACAUGAGCAGGCUCCAGCACAGCACUGCCUGAACAAUUUCCAAGUCAGUGAGUACCCAACAGAAGAGGUUGGCAGUGGCUUUGGAGGGAAACAUUUUCACCUAGGCCAGGGUCACUAAUUUUUUGUAAAAGAGCAUGUUGUGUCCUUUAGGCUGAAUCCCUAAGUCAUUCAAAAAUUUUCCUAGCCACUUGCUAUUUGGAUCCCCUCAACAGACUCCUCAGCACUCAAGGUUAUCAGCCACACUUUUCUAAUUUCAGAGAGUAUUCCUCCAGGUAAACAUUCUGUAAUUUAACCACCAGUUGAAACCACAUUUGACUGAUCUUCUGUUUAUUUGUCUUUUAAUCCUACAGUCCAUCCCUGUUUUCCCAACUCUGUAUUUUUCUAUGUUCACUUGCUCAUCCUCCUCCUGACACAGCACAAAAUUCACAGGUAUCCAAAAAACCAGGCAAUGAAAGGAAGCAAGAAAGAACAAGACACCCAAUCAGCUCACCUGGUCAUGCAUACCUGCAAAAGCUCUGUGGUUCAAGGUCUGUACCCCAUCAGGGGACACUCCGCUGAGCACCAUGCCUGUAGCUGGCAUGUAUACACAGUGGGACUCUAUUUACCCUUCAAACAGCUGCUAACAGUCAAGAAACACCACUGACUCAAAACACCUCUGGCAACUCAGUGGGUGAGUGGGCAAACUCUGUAGAGGAAGGUGUCAUGUGAUGCUUUGCCCUUAGCAAAGCUGAAUUAUGAAAAAAACAAACACAUAACCAUAGCAGUCGUCUGGCCCUGGGCAGCAAGAGACUGUCCUUCCUUACCAAUAGCUGUGCACAUACUCCCUGCUGAGGAUUUGGAAAUCGGAUACACUGGUCAUCCACAGAAAAGCUUUGAAAAUGGACAGCUUUUCUGGUAGAAGUCAUUCUGAGGUGGUCUUAAUUAAGCCCUUUGGAGGGCAAUGCUGGAAAAAAAAUAUGUACUUAAUUUUUCAACACAGUGAAUGGCCACAGGUUUUUAUUCAUGUAAUGAGUCAAAAUUAGAUCAUGAAGGACCAAAUCUACUUUCUUGUUUCAGUAAAAUAUCCUACAAGUUCUGUAAGGGAUUUCCAUAUUGUCAAUGUUUGAAACUCAAAUUAAACAUUUAUUAUUUUUAAAAGGUUUUCUGUUCUUAACAAUCAUGGAAAUGAGCUUGUUUCUCUAUAUUCAGCAACCUAGGUUUAUUUUAAAUGAGUCAGGUGUAUGUUCUGGUGUUGUUCUAUGUUCUCAACAAAUUGUAUGUAACUAACCACAAAAUACACCUUCAUCUUCUGGUUCUUUUCCUGACACCAAAGAGAUAAGUCCUCAGCUACAUGCACAUGAGACUUGACAGUAGGCCCCAUUAUAUUAUGAAUAAAUUUACAGAAAAGCCAGUCUUGUGGAACUAGCCACUUCUAUAACCUUUUUAGAUAAGAAGGUAGGAAAGAAAAAUUGGUAGACCAUGGGAGACAAUGAGUUUGGACAACAAGUAUAGAAGUGAAAUAAAAUCAUUCACUCACUUGCAAAAAGGAGGGGAAGUUUCCCUUAGACCAUUUUGCAAGACUUAGAAUAACUGCACUCCAGGCUAGUAAUGCUGUUUAACCACGUUGCAAGAUCCAGAUCUGGACUCACACCGUGCAGAAAAGCAGCCUUACAGCCAAGAGCCCUGGGAGGGGUUUAUGACAGACUGAGAUGCAGUCAGCAAGCAUCAGCAAUUAGCACUGAAAAUAGCACACAGGACAACACUCUGACACACCACAAUGCAGGAUCAUUUAGUUAUAUGGGAUAGUAACCUAAGUCUGCAGUGGAACCCGACAGAGCUAGACAUCAUCUCAGAUCUAGAUGGCAGAUCCUCAUCCUCCAUGCAGAGGUGAGGUUCAGAAGGUCAGAGUAACUUGUCUGUCCACCUGGAAUCCCAGUGUGGGUCUCCCAAUUGGUGGUUUCACACCACACCGUGCCACUUCUAUGACUUGGGUGGGAAGCUGACAAUCGAUUGUGGAAGCAUAAACCAGAAGUCAAGACAAAAGAAUGUUUGUGAUGUUUUCUCUCACUUAACCUACUUUGGUUUCACCAUUUUACUUUAGCAUCAUCUUAAGGAAAUGUUAUAUCAGUGCAGAAUGACGAACAAAGCUCUUUACAGAGUAAUGAUGAAACCAAAAGGGAAAAGGCCGGAGAACACCGAAUGUAAAUUAAAGAAUUGAAGGAGAAGCAUGUGUCAGGAAACAGAAAUGCCUCAUAUUGCUAUUACCUUGGCGCCCUCCCCCACACACUGGAUGCAUUUGUUUUGGAAAAUGCAAUUUUAUGCUGAGAGACUUCGAAGGAAGGCUUUGCCCCUUCCCAACUGCACCAUUUAUCUUGCUGUUUGGAAGAAGCCGUGGCCCCUACAAGUCAUACUCACCUGCUUUGGGAGAGGCAGCCUCUCCUGCCCUUGGAAACAGCUGCCAUCUGGUGAGGGCCACAGAGACCUGAAAGAAGCCAGCACUGCUGGACUGAGGACCGUGUAAAUAUCUUCUGCCUUCCUGGUGAAUACGGACGAUCAUCUUUCAUAGAGGUAAUUGCGUGUAUAUUGUGACUGUAGUCUGUGAAGAAAAUGCAAUGGUUUGCUUUGACAGCUCUCCAAAUGUAUCUAAGUGUGAAUGUGCCUGCCCCAUUGCCUCAUGUGCCAAACACAGUACUGAAUGCAUUGUUUUUAAAUAAACUUUUAUUGUGCAUUGGAAAACA